AUGUUUGCUGCUGCAACCAAAAACUUUGUUAAACAGGUUGGUGAUGGAGGAAGACUAGUUCCAGUGCCCAGUCUCAGUGAAGCCGAUAAAUACCAACCUCUGAGCCUUGUGAUUAAGAAAAGAAAAUGUUUACUUUCAAAAAAAUCUAAAUUUGCUUCAACACCUUUUACAUUAAAAGACAUUCUUCAAGGAGAGAAAGAAAUUUCUGCAGGUGUCUCAUCUUACCAGUUGCUCAACUAUGAAGACAAAUCAGAUGUUUCACUUAACGGUAGAAGAGGAAAUCAGAUAAUGCAUGAUGUUGGGUUUGAUGUUGCUGGAUCAGAUUCUGUUGCCUUUAAAGCUUCGUUUGGCAUAGUGACCAAACAUGAGGUUGAAGUACCAACAUUACUUAAAGAACUUACUGCAAGAAAAAUAAACUUUGAUCAUUGUCUAGUCCAUCAAUCAAGAAAAAGUAGGAUGGAAAUUUUGUGCGUGGUCAUGGAAAGUAUUAGAACUACAAGGCAGUGCUCAUUAACUGUCCAUACUGGAAUGCGUGGAGAGACAAUGAGGUUUCACAUUAUUGAAGAUCAGAAUUAUAAAGGGCGGGACAAAGCCAUUGUUUUUCCUGCGCAUACAACUAUUGCUUUUAGUGUAUUUGAACUUUAUAUUCAUUUGGAUGGUAAUUUUGAACUCUGUGUGACUCCAAUUUCAAAAGGAGGAUUUGAAAAAGAGAAAUCUGGAUCAUCUUCACUGACCAAAUUAAGGAGGUUAAAGACUAAUCUGUUUCAUCGAAAUAAAAGAGUAGUACAUACCAUUGCUAACUCUGAUGCUUACUUGGAGGACCUUUUUACAGAUUAUGAUGAAAAAGCGGCAAGCAUGACUGAUAUCUCUACAAGCUAUCCGAGAGAAGGGUCUCAUAUCCGAAUUAAUUUACUUAAUAACAACAUCCCCAAAGGUCCCUGUGCCCUUUGUGGAAUGGGAAGUUCUAAAAGGGAGACAGUCUAUGGAUGCCUAGAGUGUUCUUUUAAUGGACAAAAGUACGUACGACUGCAUGCUGUGCCCUGUUUUGACCUCUGGCAUAAGAGAGUCAAGUAA